AUGCUCUUGGCCGUCUUUCUCGGCCUAGCUUCCACACUCCUUUCUGGUCUGGUGCUCGCCACACCGCUCGACUCUGCUGCUUCUCAGGAGCGAUCGCUUGACGACGCCCUCGACUUCACCCUGCUUGCCCGCGGUUCUACUUCUUAUUCGGCCGUGUUCCGUCUCAGAGUCGCCAGACGCGAGCAGACAAUGACGGUCAUCAAGCGCGGCUCGGAUGACUGGUCGUUCGAUCUCACCCCUAUCCCUGACUUGGCCGUACAUAUUCCAUUCCCGCUGGUCAAAAUCGCAAAGAGCUCAAUUUCAAUGAACUGCGGCGGCAAAGCCGUCCGAUCUCCGGAGCUCUGCCAAGGCGUCCAGGGCGAGUACGGUCAUGCACGGCGUGGUAUAUUGCUCAUGCGUGGAUCAGUCGAGUACUGCAAGUCUCCCACAGCAGAGAUGGAGCUCGAGACAUCGUCCAGCAGCGGCUAG